AUGGGUGGAAGGAUUGACAAUAAUGUUAACAAGGGUGGUGGACCUCAUAUUUUCCGUUUGAAUGGCCAAAACUAUCAUUUGAUGGGCAGCCUACUUCCUGAAGAAGGCUCAGCACCACACUUUGCUCAAUUGUACAUUUACAAUACUGCUAAUGAACUACAAAACUGUAUCAAUGCAGUCAGAGGAUGUGGUGAGCAAACUGACAUUCAUGUUGAAAUAGUCAAGGUCAUUAAAGAGGAGUUGGAUAAGCAUAAUAUUUUAGUUAAGUCUUUUCGUAUUGCUAAAACAGAAAUUGAAAGGAAUCCACGUGCAGAGGUUAAAAUUAAAUUGCUUGGAAAGCGUAAACAAGAUGCAAAGACUUACAACUUACCUGAAGUAUCUGAAGUGGCCGCAUUAAUUGUUGGAGAUGUGGAUACAAACAUAGGGGAGCAUGGCUAUCGGGAAGAUAUUGGAUUCACCAUAAAGAAAACGGCAAUACCUAGUGGAAGGCAAAGGAUUAGCCCAAGGGAGUUCUUUUGUUAUCGUAUUCAUUCUAGAAGUUCAGAACUCUCUACCUUAUUGCAUGCAAAACGCUUAUUCCAACGAUUUCUUGUGGAUGGCUAUACAAUGGUUGAAGCAGGCCGCAUCAUUUAUAUUAGGACACACCAAAAAAGCUUACGCUGUCAAAGUUAUGGCAGUUUAACUGAUGCUUUGACACGUGGAGAGGUUGACCCUUCAACCCAAGGUCGAAGAAUUAUCUUACCUUCAAGUUUUACUGGCGGGGUGAGAUGGAUUGGUUAUCGAAAUCUUUUUAUUACAUUCACUUGCAACCCUAAAUGGCCAGAGGUUCAAAGAAUAUUCAAGAUGAAGUUGGAUGCUUUGAUCAUCGAGUGCCGGAAAAAACAAAUUAUUCGGAACAGUUAUUCUAUAAUUUUAGCAGAAAUACCAGAUAAAAGUAGCGACCCAACCUAUUUCAAUGCAGUUGAGGAAUUUAUGAUUCAUGGCCCAUAUGGAGCAUCAAGAAAGUCUUCUCCCUGUAUGGUUAAUGGUAGUUGUUCAAAACAUUUCCCGAAGAAAUUUGUUAAUUGUUCUACAUUUGAUGAGGAUGGCUACCCUAUCUAUACAAGGAGAGAUAAUGGUAGGACGAUUAUGAAAAACGGGAUUACAUUAGACAACAUGUAUGUGGUGCCGCACAAUAGACAUUUAUUGUUGAAGUACAAAGCUCAUAUCAAUGUAGAAUGGUGCAAUCAAUCCCGGUCAAUCAAGUACCAGUUCAAAUAUGUCAACAAGGGCCAUGAUUAUGUUACAGCUGAAUUCUACAAAACAAGUGAUGAAGAAGAAAGUACAAAGUUAAGGUCUCCUUCUGUUGAGCGGCUAAGUUUCCAUUUGCCCAAUCAGCAAAGUGUUAUAUUUGAAGAUGAUGAUGCUGUUGAUAAUAUAGUAAAUCGUCCAACCAUUGCACAAAGCACGUUUAUGGAGUGGUUUGAAGCUAAUAAGAAUUUUGUAGACACAAGGAAGCUGACUUAUGUUGAAAUGCCAACUAAAUUUGUUUGGAAGAAAGAUGUUAGGAAAUGA